CAGUUAACACCCACCGGCCACCACACUCGGACAUAAUAUUUUUUAAGGCGAUUAUUGGCUUUUUUUAAUUUUCAAUGAAACGCCCGCCAGAGCAGUUUGCAAACACACUAGAGAUGCACMAUCGCAGCUCGUAAUUUGUGAUUAUAAUUUAUAUUAGGUAUAGCCUGUUGGUAGUGCUUACUGCUUACCGUGGUUGUGGAUCUUAUCCGAUCGGUCAAUUUUACCAACCACUAACCAUCGAUUAUGAAUAAUAUUUUUUUCCGACAGUCGACGACCGACGUUUUCGCGUUUUUAUUAUUAUUUUAUUGGCAAUUUUCUACUACUGACAAAUAAUUUUAUCUUCGUAGUUGGUUCGUUUCAAUCCGUGUCUCGUCGACAAAUAUAUACAUGUAUAUUACUCUCGUAUAUAUGUAUGCGGUACGCGAGCGUUUCCGUUUGUUUUCGACGAGUUUUGACCGACACCGAGUGAAAUUCUGCCGCCGCUGUUGACCAGCGACGACAACGACGAUGCGUUAUAGAUGAAGCUCGUUACGCUCGCAGACGACCGCUGCCGAAAAACCUUUUUACCUUGCGAACCUCGCGAACGGGGUCAAACGACAGCUAAAUCGGAUCCAUCGAAAGUAUGCACUUCUCUUGUUGCUCCUGCUGCACAGUACCUUAAACCGACCGACUGAUCAACCGUCCACAGUGAUGACUGAAUGGAAAUCCAGAUCGUUACCUAGCAAUUUCGAAAUACUCUCCCUGUCAAAUGUGCCAGUCGGUCCGUCGUGUUUACGUUCAAACUCCAAGAAAACGUACAUCAGCCGCAAUGUAUCUUUUCCGGACGAUGAAAGUCAAAUUGUCACUGGCGUUCUCGAAACCGUGCAUCCUUGGGAAUCCAUGGAAAACGUAACUGUAGAGUUACUCACUGCCAAAUAUAAAGAAUCGUGUGAAAGACACAAUACUAAUCCAUUAUACUCUGUCCUCAAUCAAAUUAAUUCUAUAAACCCAAAUUUGGAGAGGAAUGAUUGUCUUGACCUAAAAGGUGUCUUAUUGACCAGUGUUGAUUGGGAAAGUCUUGAAGAAAUUUUUAAAAGAGUUCAGUUUAAAACUAUAAACGUUGAAGCAACUGGAUUAAAUGAUGAUACAGCAAUUGCAUUGUUUGAUAUGUUAGACUUCUAUGAAUCUGCCAUUUGUUUAAACAUAUCUUCUAACAAUGAUAUUGGCACCAGAGGUUGGCAAGCAUGUGCUCGUACGUUAAAAAAGUCAAAAAGUUUAGAAGAAUUAGAAGCUAGAAAUACAAUACUUAAUGAAUCAAAUAUAACUUCUUUGGGUCGUUCAUUAAAAUUUGGUUCACAAUUAUGUGUCUUAAAACUUGAAAAUUGUAAUCUUGCAGACCGGCCAUUAACGUCAUUAGUUUCUUUAAUAAAAUUAAACAACACAUUAAAAGAACUUUAUUUGGGUGAAAAUUAUUUAAAUGAAAAUGAUGCUAAACAACUUUCAAUUUUACUAAAAUGUAAUACCACUUUGCAGUUAUUGGAUUUAAGCAAUAAUAACAUUCAAAAUAAAGGCUUUAAAUUACUUUGUGAAAGCAUUGUAAAUUAUAAUUCUCCUUUGACAAUUUUAAUUGUCUGGAAUAAUAAUUUGAAUCACGAGUGCUCAGAGUGUUUGUCAAACUUAAUGGAAUCGGAGACUAAAUUAGAAAUGCUCAAUGUUGGAUUUAAUUGUUUACUCGACACCACGGCUAGUGCUAUUCGAAUACCAAUGAAGAACAACAAAAAUUUGAUACGCUUAGGAUUGCAAAGUACCCAAAUUACUUGUAUAGGAGUAAAACAUUUAGCAGAAGCACUUGAAGCUAAUACUUCUUUGCAAAGAUUAGAUUUACGUGAUAAUAAUAUUGAAGUUGAAGGGCUGAGAAAUUUGAAAGAGUCCAUUUCAAAAAAUUUUAGAAUUACACGCCUAGAUUUAGAUCCUCUGCCACGUAACAAAUAUGCAGCUGAUACAACUAAGGAAUAUACAAACUUAACAGAGCAAAUCAAACAAAUGUGUGAAGAAAAUGAAAAAAAACAUAAUAGUACACAAAUCGACGACGAUCUACUUGACCAGAUUACAGAUGAGUCUAACAUAACAAGAGCUAUAAAAAUACCUAAUGUUGAUUCUAGAAAGAUAUCUCUCACAUGUGAAUCAUUAAUGAUGCAGUAUACAUCACUUAAAAAUCCUAAUUAUCUUGGUUCAGAUGAUUACUUGCCUAUGUUACGAGGAAGUAGUGGUAGAUUAAGAAGUCCUGCUCCAAGUCCUAUACACAGCCCAAUUGCUAGUAGUCCAAUGUGUAGUCCUUCAAUUGUGUCAACACGUAAUCGCUUCCAUGUUUCUAAAGUGUCUGAACAAAAACAAAAAGAAUGUCGAUUUAAAGUGACCAAAUUGAACAAUUUAAAUAAUAAAGCACCAACAGCUAGUAACGAGUCAUUAUCUGAUGAUUCUUUUGGUCCUACCAAUUUAGAACUCACAGUUGAUAGUUUGGAUUUGUGUAAACAUAAAAAUGAUACCAAAAAAGAAAAUCAAAGAACUAGGAAAGUGUCCUGGGUUAUGGGAUCACGACCAUUGUUGACUUCAUUACAAAACAUCACCACGAGCUUGGAUCAAGCCACCUCAUCUGGAGUUGACAAGCUUCUCAGUUUAUUCAGUCCUUUUUCUAGUGCAGACAAAUCAUCAGCUUCUAUUGACACAGUUGAAUCUAACGAUUCUGUUUUUGAAUCGGAUCCUGAAUCAAAAAAACCAGUUACACUGGAUCAAGCUACUUGGCCACCAGUAUUUGGAAGCUUGAAAAAAACCACGUCUAUCUGCAGGCCAUUAUCAGAUAAAGGUAGACGUAGUCUAAACGAUUUGCGUACUUUUUAAAUUUGAAGUGUAAGAGAGAGAUAGUGACCUUGAUACUCAAGCAAUAAUGCAAGUAGAGAAAUGCAUUUAAGUUGUUAAUUUAUAAUGUAAGGUCUCCCCCUCAACACAAAUCUCGUUUACAGUAGUAUUUCUUACAAACUAYAUUGUGAUUCACAAGCACAUGAGUACAAAUUUUUUUUUCGUUGUUGAACAAUUUAUAAAUAUUUAUGGGAUCGUUUUUAGUUGUUAGUGCUAUAUGUUUAGUUAAACACACUCUCUAAUCAAACAUAAAACUACUGUGACGAGAAUUCGCUUAAUGAUUAAUUACAUUAUUAGGUGUAAAAACAACUACAGACUUGAAACCGUUUUUAUCACUUAAAUUAUUUUAUAAUAACGUACACAUUACUUAAAAUUAUACCUCAAGAAUUUGUGCAUUUUAAAAUAAAACCAAAUUUGGUAUAUGGCAAUCUAAAUAGUAUAUUGAACUUAAAUAUAUGUGCCGGUGGAUGCAAUUUCUCUGCAAAUAUUAUUAUUGUGUUAAUGWUUAAUCAAUUGGUUUCUUGUCCCGUGAUUUUUCAAAUUUAAGAACUGGUCUCAGUAUGAUAACAAUUUAAUUUUAGGUACAUAUAAUGUGUAUAAUGACAUUGAAAUAAUAUUAAAAGUUACCAACCUGUGUUAAAAACAAAUGGAACAAAUAGAUAAUCAUAUUGUUAUAUUAUGUACAUGGCUAGUACAUUAAUUUUCAGUACCAUUUAAGCACAAUUUUUUUAAUUUUGUAGUUUCUUGAUUUCACUUGCCAAUUCUUUGUAUUUUCAAAUUGAAUCAAAGUACCUUAUUUUUACUUCUCAACUUCAACUUUAAAAGUAAAAUAAUUUAUGUCUGGAUCUGACGUGUAAAAGCACAACCAGUUUUCAGACGUUUGGGAGUUUAUGAUUAGCAUGAAUUUGCAUGCAAAAUACCAUUACAAAUGGGUUUUUUUUUUUAAGUUUGUUUAUUUACAGUUCUACAUUUUAUUUUAUAUAUUCUUCUUUUUCCGAAUUCUUCGAUAUUUUUAUUGACUGUGAUUUUUAUCUUGGGUUUUUCUUUGUGAUAAUUGUUUUUAAUGAUCAUACAAAUUAUUAAUGAAUAUAUAUAUAUAUAUAAUAUACUGUUUUUUUCGUUAUAUUCAUUCAGUUACUUAAAUUUUAUUGAAACGAAAAUAUUCCAAAGACUGACAUUUUCCAAACAGUAUUUGGAAAGACUUAAAAGUCAAUUUAUUCAUUAAACAAACACUUAAACUCUCAUAAUAUCAUACAUUUCUUUACAGGUGCCAUUUUCUUUUACUUUAUUUAAUGGUUAAGUCCAAACUAGUUGGAAAAUAUUGUUACCAAAUUUACUAUCAGAUAAUUAUUAAAUAGUUAUUAGUCUAUAUAUUAUAUUAGUUAUUUAUAGUUUAAAAUAUAUUAAAAAA